UGAAUCGGACUAUCCAAUCACUACUCAUUUUCUACCAAGCAUGUCCUACCUACAGAGCAAACAAUAUCUUGUGUCAACACAUGAUAAAAACAGAUAUCAAAAAGAAGAAAAUUUAGCGCCAAUAUUUUAUAUUCAUAGUGACUGCAAUGUACCAUCCAACAGAGAUGUCUACGUGGAGUUACUACAGAAGUUUAUACGAGUAGACUCGUAUGGUAAAUGUAACAAUAAUAAAGCUUUACCAGACAGUUUAACAUUCGGUAAAAGCAUGGCCCCAAUGACUUCCAAAGAAUUCUACGAACUUGCAGCCAAAUACAAGUUUACUUUAACAAUGGAAAAUGCAGUAUGUGAUGACUAUAUAACUGAAAAAUUAUGGAGACCAUUUCAUUUAGGAUCCGUUCCUAUAGUAUUUGGAUCACCGAAAAUCAAAGAUUAUUUACCAAACAAGAGAUCUGCAGUUGUCAUAAAUGAUUUUGAUGAUGUGGAAAAGCUUGCAGCCUUAAUUAAAUAUUUAGAUAGAAACGAUACUGCAUACGAGGAAUAUUUACAGUAUAAAGAAUCAGGAGGAUUGACAAAUACUUUCCUGAUUGAUUCAGUAAACAAAAGAGAAUGGUCGAAAUACCAUGAUCAGACAAAACCAUUUUAUUCGCUAUUUUCUGGGUUUGAGUGUUACAUAUGCGAGGAGAUGCACAAAAAUAUCGAUACCAUUAAAUCAAGAAAAGAACUUCCGAUAAAAAUAGCCAAACUUGACCAUUAUGGAUGUCCACCACCGAAAAGGUUCAGUGAUAAAGGGCAAUACACUGUAGUCGAUCCAAGGUUUUCCUAUUUUUGGUAUGAAGGAAAGUAUAGAGCAAAAGCUUUCCGCUAUUUUUACGAUAGGAACUUAAAUUUUACAGAAAAAGAAAUUGAUACUUUGGCUAAAUCGUUCCGUCAAGAAUAUAUGGACGAUGGGUAGACUGAUUUUACCAUCACAUAUGGGAAUGAGGAAUUAUGUUAACCUGCACAGCAGAAAAAGCAGUCAGUGCGUGCUAUUAGCUCGGAUCCUAACAACUCGGAUCCUAAUACAUUAUUAAAAGCAAAUAUAGAAAUUAAAAAAAAUAUCAUAAUAUCACUAGAAAUUUAGUGCAAUUUACUUUGAACAGAAAUAAAUCAUAAUGUGUUCCAUGGGACUUUGAUUUACAUUCUCAUGGUAACUUAAAGGUGGAGACCUCAUGGGGUUUGUUGUAUCCUUGUUACAAUUUAAAAGUCAAAAGACUUAAGAUUGAAUGCAAUCUAUAAAAAUCUGUCUAAUUAUUACAUCAUAUUUCAAAAUUAUUUCAUCGAUGUAAAGAUUUAAGUUGACUAUUGUACACUGAGAGGAAAUUCUUGACAAAAAUCAAAUACACACAGUUUCCGUUCACUAAUUUUGUUCACAUUAUAUCACUUCAUUUAAAACUGCAUUCCUUUGAGUUUCCAAAUCAUUCAGAGUUGAAAAGGAAUACGUUAAUUUGGUUUGAGUUCAUUACUCAAAAUGAAAAUACAAAUAAUCAAAGAGACGAAAGUGUCUCUUAUCUAGAAAAAAGAUUCAAAUUGUACAUGCCUGAAUUUUGUUUUCAUCCAAAAUGAAAAAAAUAUAAUAGAAAGCCAUUAUCUUAUAUUAACCUUUACUAUAAGCAUGCUGGUUAUAUAUCUCUAUAAGCAUGACCAGUACAUUCUACUGCCUUCGUCAAUGAGUUCGAACGGAAGUGUUUUAGCCGUUUUAGUAUUUUAUUUUAUUCAUAACCUGUGACAUUCAUUAGUUAACAUGUGCACUUAUUGUUAAGGAGGUAAUUAUAAUAGCCAGAUUUAAGUUGUAUUGAUGUGCAUAGAGGGGCAAUUUACACAGGCAAUUCAUAAAUGCUGCGACUUUAGUGUCUCAUCACUUUCUAAAAUCUAUAACGCCAAGUUGACCCUUUUAACAUAGAAAAACAAGUAAAUUCUGACAAAAUGUCAAGCUAUACUUAAGUUGUAUUAAAAGAUGUGAGACAAAGUAAAUUAUGCUAUACAUUAUCUUGUAAUGGAAUUUGUACAUGCUUAGAAAAACAGAGCAGCUUCAGACUGAACACUUAUCGAUUCUAUUUUACUAAAGACGCAAGAAUAAUUUACAGACCACGGUUACGCGUGUUUUACAAACGUGUCGAAAUACUACAUGUAUUUUAGUUAUAAGCAAUUAAUAUCAAUAUAAUGUUGAUACUUGUGUUUU